GGGAGAGCGCGCAUGCGCGCGCGCCCUAACCGGUGAGGGGAGUGAGCCGGGCGUCAGCGGCGAGCCCCGGGGCCUGGGCUGGUCUUUGCUGGUGAGGAUGCUGAGGCCGCGAGUAUGGAAACCCUGAAAGUGAAGGAUCGGAUCCUGGAGAACAUCUCGCUGUCGGUGAAGCAGAUUCAGGGUUACUUCGCUGCCUGUGAGGAGGAGACACCAGCAAUUCGCAACCAUGACAAAGUGCUGCAGAGGCUGUGUGAACAUCUGGACCAUGCCCUGCUUUAUGGUUUGCAGGACAUUUCCUGUGGGUACUGGGUGUUGGUUGUCCAUUUUACGCGGAGUGAAGCGGUGAAGCAGAUUGACGUGCUGCAGCAUGUUGCUACGAACCUCGGUCGCAGUCGGGCCUGGCUGUACCUUGCAUUAAACGAGAAUUCUCUGGAAAGCUACCUGAGGUUAUUCUGGGAAAAUCAAAACCUCCUUCAUAAGUACUACUUCAAGAAUGCCCUAGUUUGCAGUCAUGAUCACCUGACUCUCUUCCUCACACUAGUGUCUGGCCUGGAGUUCAUUCGAUUUGAGCUGGAGUUGGACGUCCCCUACCUGGACCUGGCUCCAUAUAUGCCAGAAUAUUAUAAACCGCAGCACUUGCUGGACUUCGAAGAACGCCUGCCCAACUCUGUGCAUGGUUCUGACAGCCUGUCACUCAAUUCGUUCAACUCUGUCACCUCCACUAAUCUAGAAUGGGAUGAUAGCGCCAUCGCACCCUCCAGUGAGGUGCAUUGGAGGGACAGCAAUCUGAUACGACCACAUAUAGAUUAUGAUUUUGGAGAUGUCUUUCCAGCAGCACAGUCCAUACCCAGCACAGACUGGGAAGAAGGUGAGUUGACGGACACAGUCAGCAGUUGUCCCCGAUCUGGAACUUCAGAGAGUCUGCUAUCAAACAACAAAACUAGGAGUCCAACCCUGCGCUACAACCCCUUCAAUAAUGAGACCGAGGUGUCUACGCUUACACCAAAUGACAGCGUAGUUCCAUGUUCUGAGCUGGAAAGAGAAGAGAGCACACCAGAUGUCCAAGAGAACAGUGCAGAGCUUGAAGUAAUUAGAUUGGCAAAGAAGAGGAGAACACCCAAAAAGAAGAGAACAAAAUCUGAGGAACAAAUUCUAGAUGCUAAAAAUACAGAGGUACAACUGUCAACAAGAGAAGGCACAAAGUCCAAGCAGAGCAGUGAUGCUGAACUAGAAGAAGAACAGAAUGAAAAAUUGGGUUUACAGAAAUCCCAAGAGAUUGCUGACGAAGAAGAUUGCAACUCCCAGGGCAAGUUGUCUGUAGUGACACAUAGAGAGUCUGAUGCAGAUGCCCCUCAGCCAGGUCUGUUAAUACCACAGAUGAAGGACACAUCUAUGAACAGUGUAGGGAAUCCCUUGAGCAAGGUGAUGGAGCAGCUCAACGGGACGUUGGAUACCAAUACCUGGAUGUCAAAUGGUGAUCACCUACCUGAGCAGCCCUUUCGGACUUCUGUCCCGGGGGAAGCCCCGGAAGAACCUCCGUUUAGCCAAUAUAGUGAGCGGAUGCCACCUGCCCAGGAUUUCUACAAAUUUACCGUUGAGAGUCCAAGUGCUAGUGGGACAGGUAGCUGCCACUAUGACCCUACAGGGGAAAGCCAACCAUCGCAUGUUUUUAGUAGCCAUGAAGCUGCUGGCACAGAAAUGUGCAAGGGAGAGAAAGUCUCUCCUGUAGACGAGACAGACAGCCACAGAAUUGAAAAUGCAGAAGCUGUUCCAGAAAAGGAUAAACAGGCUGAUGUUGAAACCAGCAAGGUAUCUGAGACCAGCUUAGAGCAGUUGCAAAUUCAAACCGUGAUCUCUGAGAGAACAGAGGAGGAAGAGAAAGCUCAAAGUAGUCCCUCUGAAUUAACCCAUCCUGCUGACUUCAGGGUUGAUAAUAAUCUGCUGCUUUUGCUGAUGAUUCACGUUUUCAAGGAGAAUGAAGAGCAACUUUACAAGAUGGUGCGAAUGUGGACAGGUCAUAUGGAGGGGAAUCUACAGUUGCUGUACGUGCUGUUGACUGACUGUUACAUCUACUUGUUGAGAAAAGGAGCUGCAGACAAGCCCUAUGCAAUGGAAGAAGCUGUGUCUUAUAAUGAGCUUGAUUACAUUUCGGUGGGGCUUGGUCAGCAGACUGUUCAGCUUGUUUGCACCAACCGGCGGAGACAGUUCCUACUUGACACAGCGGAUGAAUCUCUUACAGAGUUUUUCCUUGCUGCCUUGAGAUCUGCCAUGAUUAAGGGCUGCAGAGAGCCUCCAUAUCCCAGCAUCCUUACUGAUGCAACCAUGCAGAAACUGGCACUGACCAAAUUUGUGGCCCAGGAAUCAACAUGUGAGGUGUCUGAGGUGACCAUUCAUCUCUACAGUUUGAUUCAUUGGGAGGAUCCCAUGGAUGUAACAGCAGGGCCCCAGAGGAAUCUCUACAUGGCACAUGGAAAUACAGUUACUAAAGAAGGAAUUCUGCAUUACAAGGCUGGCACCAGUUAUUUGGGCUCUCCGAUCUGGAAGGCCUCCUAUGUAGUGCUUAGCAAUGGAAUCCUGUAUCAGUACCCCAACAGGAUAGAUGUAACACCGCUAAUGUCCGUAAACUUGGCAGGAGAGCAAUGUGGAGGUUGUCGAAGGUCCAGCACAACUGAGCGACCGCACACAUUCCAGGUGAUUCUAACAGAGCGCCUGUCUUUGGAACUCAGUGCUGAGAAUGAAGAAGAGAUGGCGGACUGGAUGCAGCACCUUUGCCAGGCAGUGUCAAAAGGGAUCGUUCCCCAGGGUAUUUCACCCUCUCCAUGCAUCCCAUGCUGCCUUGUUGUGACUGACAGGAUGCUGUUUACAUGCCAUGAGGACUCUCAGACCAGUUUCUUCCGACUAUUGGGCAGCGCUGAGCUAACUAGUGUCAACAGCAUCUCCUCCAGCUCUGGCAGAGAGUACUGUGUGGUGGAGAUGUCUGAUGAUCAGAAAUCUCCUCCAUGGUUCCUGUAUUUCAGUUGCGCUGAAGAGCUGCAACGUUUUCUUGCUGCAUUGAACAGUGCUUGGAGGAAGAUCUACCAGGUGGAUCUACCUCAGAAAUCACUUCAGGAUCCCUCCAUUCGGAAGAAAUGUGAUGAUGCAGUCCUGCUCAUUCAGACCACAUGGCAGCGAAGUGAUAGUCUUUCCCGCGGACGUGCUGAGCGUGAACCAUGGUGCUGAACGCCUUGCAGCACCAACCGUAUGGUGUGAUAAUGCUGCAGCUGUGACUGACUUCCUGCAUUUCGAAUGUUGUGUGUGACUGCUGGUGUUCCGGGAGGUGUAGAGAGAAACGUGGGAUGUAAAGGAAAUAGUACAAUCCAAAUGGUCAAGCUGACAAUUCUUUGGAAAUGCAUCAACAGUGUCAGUUAUUAGAAUGGAUGAAGAGGGAACAGAAGAGAUUUUAAAUGAACCUCUGCUUAUUGAGCUGGGAAUAGGUGUGCUUUUCACACUUGCAAUUGUGAAACAUGUGCAUACUCAAUGAAUGUUUGGCUUCACCAGGAUACAUUCAAUGAACCUCACAUCUCUGUAAGCUUGUUGCCUAACUGCAUGACCGUCUACUGCAAUAAGAGUUAUUUUUUAUAAAGAGAUGCUUGGGCAAAAUCAAAUUAUUUCCGCUUUGGAGAAGUUCAAGAACUAAUGUGCAAAGACCAAGGGAAUCUGAGAAGCACUUUUCUGUCCGAAUCACUGCCUUUUGUCACUGGGACAUCCACCUGUAUUUCUAAUAUGGAACAGAGUGACAUUUUAAAUGUCAUUAUAUCCCAGUCUGUGAAUGCCUACCUUGAGCUUCAGUUUCCGCAACACUCUGAAGGUUGUAGGGAAUUUAAUUUUCCCCCCCCAAAAGUCAUUGACUUAAAAGACUGGAUAUCAUCAUGUGAUAUAUAAUCACAGCAUUGGGCCUUUCCAGAUUUUAGGAUCUAAUUUUUUAUAGACAAAAGUGCUUUUAUUAACAGUUAUACUGUUUAGGUCUGACUGCACACCAGUCACUUUUAAAUGAAACCUCUUAAGGUUGAAUCUGUACAUAUGUUUUAUUUGUGUCCCCUGAGGUCAGUGUCUAUAAAGUUCAGUUUUUGAUCUCCUUCCUGGCAAAUGGAGAAUCUUGCACAAGGUAUUUUUUGUUAAUAGAGACUGUAUGGACUGUGGGUCCUAUCUUUACAUCUGGUUAAGCAGCCACUGCAUCUCUGCUUUAAUUUGAGUGUCACAGGUGCUGUUUAAAUGCAAAUGCAAUAAUAGAUUAAACUGGUAAUAUCAUAAUGAAAGCCUUUUCAUUUUUCAGCCAAUUCAAUGGUGUUGGAAUUUUCCAGUUAUAUAUCAGGAAAAUCAUAUGCAAGAGAUGGCAGGAAGAUAGGGGUUGUUGAUUUGUAACUCAAAUUAGAUGUUGCAUUUUAGUCUCUGCACAAAUUCAGAAUUUUCUUCAGCUGUAUCGUUUAUUUUACUAAAUGAUUCAGUCACAAACAGCUGGAAACAGCUCCAUUGCUGCGAUUGGAUGUAGGUAGUGGAAUAGUGUGCAAAUAAAAAGUGCAUGCACCAAUGUUUACAAGAGCUCUUGUAGAACAGUAACAUUUAUUGUGGUAUGUAUGAAUGUCUCUUAGGUGAAGGUACCAACUCAUAGGCCAGGAGGCCCAGGCUGACCAAGCAAUUCUCAGUGCUGUUUUCAGCCAGUUAUUACCUGUGUCACAUAACCAUAUAAAGCGCUGUCAUUCUUUUCUUGACAAUGGCUGCUGUGAAUAUGCUGCAGUAUAGUGUUCAUUGCCUCAUCCUCAACCUAGUGGAAUAUCUCAAUGUUGCAUAACUCUUUGUAGUCUACCUCUAGUUAUACACUAACCCAAGUAUUACUUACUGUGAGCUCAGCAGCAAAUGUGCACCUUAUCUUUGUUUUCCUCUUGCAGUGUGCAGUUUUUUGAAUUCUGAAGAAAAGUAGUAAUGUGCAGGCUGAGGGAAUAUUGAGAUUUGGGUAAAUAAUGGUUUGUGCAGUUUAAUGGAAGCUCAGCUUUUGUUUCCGAGUACUAUAAUUGUAUAUAGUCUUCUGUCUGAAGCUUGCAUCUGCUCUAUAGUUCAGGAUUAUAAUUCACUUCCCUAUUGACAACAGAUGACAAAUACUAAACUCAAGAUAGCUCAUCAAGUGACCUAUUGGUCUCUAUGCAGUAAUAACCACCCAGAGCUGACACCCAUAAAAAGGGGAAUCUUUGAAAUCUUUAUCACACCAAGAAUCAGAGCCCUUGAAAAAUCUGUAUUUCAGCAAAGUUCAUGUUCAUAGGCCUUACAAAUUAAAAUGACCAUGUUCAUGAUAGAGAAUAGGGAGAAAACUCAAAAUCACUAAUUUCUCCUGCCAAACCUUCCUCUCUCCCAGCAUUAAAUAAUGCAUCUGUGGCAGUUAAGAUGUUUGAAAAAUACUUAACUCAUCAUAAUUUUUGCAGAACUGCUCAAACAUUAUCGUUGUAUUGAGAGGUUUAUAUUUCUGAUUAACCAAUCAGCCUGUAAUCUUAUUGUUUUCAGCACAUUAAUAGUUAGAGAGACCUACAUGUAGUUGAGGUACUGGGGGAGCAUUGAUGUAAAAACUUCUUUAAUAGUAGAAAUCUUAAGCAGUGCAUAAUGCCAGAUUUUUUUUUAAUAAACAAAAUCACAGCUAUCUAAAACCUGUUUUAAAUGAGUAUUCAGGAAUGGUAAAGUAUCCUGGAUGUGGAAUAAAGGGACUUUUCGGUGGACAAAUUUCGGUUGAAUGAUCUUUCUCAAACACGUUUUGUUUGUCUGAAGCCUUUAGUUCAUUAGCUUAACUUGUUUGAUUACCUGAAUUUCUAUGUACAGCUCAAAGGUUGUCUCAAUGCACUCCCUAGGGCUGGAAAAGCAAAGUGAGAAACAGGUGCUGUCAGACUACAACACCUAAUAAACAGGUGCUGUCAGACUACAACACCUAAUAAACUGGUGCUGUCAGACUACAACACCUAGUAAACUGGUGCUGUCAGACUACAACACCUAGUAAACUGGUGCUGUCAGACUACAACACCUAGUAAACUGGUGCUGUCAGACUACAACACCUAGUAAACUGGUGCUGUCAGACUACAACACCUAGUAAACUGGUGCUGUCAGACUACAACACCUAAUAAACUGGUGCUGUCAGACUACAACACCUAAUAAACUGGUGCUGUCAGACUACAACACCUAGUAAACUGGUGCUGUCAGACUACAACACCUAAUAAACUGGUGCUGUCAGACUACAACACCUAGUAAACUGGUGCUGUCAGACUACAACACCUAAUAAACUGGUCACUGAUAUCCUGCCAGAUGAGGUAAAUUGCAUGUAACCAUCCAUCUCCUUUUGCUAUAAGAAACAAUACUGUGCCCUGCCUGAACAGGGUUUUGAGCUACAUGGGUCUGCCUGUGCGUGGCCUGUUCCUUGUGAUGCUUCAUUUACAUGCUUAAAAGCAAAGUAGUCAUACUGAAAACAACCAAAAAACCAUAUAGCUAUAGAAAAAGAGUGAUUAAAACAACAAACCCGAUAUAACUAAAUAGUAAAGGAUUUAAAAAUCUCUGACUCCUUCAGAACCAAGCCACAGUUAAUAUAUUUUUGAAUGCACUAACAUUGGAAUUAUGGAAGGACUCAGUAGUUAACACCAAACCAAAAAUGUUUCUGAACCCUGCAAGAACAAAUGUAUAGCCUACCUUGGAGUGUCUGAUCUGGUUAAUCAAUCUGUGCAUCACUUACACCAAUGCUUCCCAAAUCUCUCCUGUUGUGAUCCCAUUUUGAUGCUUGAAAAUCGCUGAUAUUAGCAGACCUGUGGCAGUGGGAAGUAAAGCUAUUUACUCCACAAAGUUUCAGUACAACGCACCUGUCUUCCUAUUAUGCUUUUCAGGACAGGAUCGUGUAAUUAAGUCACUCCCACUAUUUAACAAACCUGGGGAAUGCAAAGGGGUUGAUACUUGGUCAGAGGUUCACAGCAGCUAUUGCCACCAUAGAGUGAGGCUGUGACCAAUGUUUCAGGAAGCCUUGACUUGACAGUUGUGUAAAAAUAAAACUCUAUUUGCUACCUGGUUUUUAAGGCUCUCAGGAUUGCACCAUCUCUUUGUAAAGCCCUUAUGUUUCACUGCUGAAACAGAACAAAGAAACCAAAAGGUGACCCACUACCUUCACAAGGGACUAAGUAAAUGUUCACUCGAUAAAUUCCUGUGUUUGUGAAAUACACAAACAACUUGGAAUUUUUGUGCUUUCCCUCUAUCAAAGUAAAGGGUCAAAUAAAAUGGAAUCAGUAUUACAACUGGAUUUUUAGAAGCACUUUUUUGGGAUUCUGAUUAUAGACUUGCUGUACAAUUUUAGCAAACCUCAGCUUCUUGAUGCUUUUAGGUUUUGAUUAUAACUAGACACCUUCAAACCCUUGACUGAUCUGACUCUUGACAGCCCAGAUGUGAUAAUGUUUCUUUACAUUUUCUUUUUUUCUGCCUGUGAGAUAUUGUUUAAAGUUUAAAUGCAAGGAUUCCUCUUUCCGCCAGGGGCUCAGCAAGUUUAACCAAAGAGCAGCUGAGCCUCAUAGAUCAGGAGGAUCCCAGGUUCAGUGCGUGGUUCAUGCUUGGAUGACUGAUCGCUUGGAUAGCAAGUGGGGUGCUGGAGUUUGUAGUGAUGUUGAAUUCAUAAGGUUUCUACACUGACUAGCACUAGAAAACAAUGUAUGUGAAUCUUUGAGUCUGUAGUUGAGUACUGUUAUUGAUAUUCAUUAACAUGUCUACCAGCAAGUGGUGUUUUUGUUUGUUAAUGGGUUGUGAGGGUGGCUGAACUAGGCCAACAUUUAUUGUUCAUCCCUAAUUGCCUUUUAGAAGGAGAUGGUAUUCUGCUGCCUUGAACUGCUAAUGUAUUUGUACCUAAAAUACUGCCCAUGGAAUUGCACCUGAUAACGUACCCAUUUCCCACACUGAACUGUAUUUAACAAUUAGUCUGCACUGGCACUUGUAAAUCUGCCCACAAGACACACCUUGUGCAUAAUUCAUAGCAAAGUAUUCAGCUGAAGCUAUGCUGGUAUCUGUGGGAUUUAGCACAUAUUAACACCUUUAUUAAGCUUGACUCAUUGGUGCCAUUCUCACUUGGUUCUUCAAGCUUUACUUCAGAGAUUGAGAACAUAACCUACUGUAUUUUCCAGCGCAUAUCAGAGAAGUGCUGCAUUUACAGUUGCUGUCUUUCAGGUGGGCUGUUGACUUGCUACUCUCCAUUCCUGUUUAGAUGGAUAACUUUUCAGAGAAAACCCAGGAUUGUUUCUGUGUCCUGAAUAGCACUUGCUAACCAAUAAUUUAUCUAUGACAUUCUUGGGACAGUGCUGUGUACAGAUUGGCUGUAGUUUUCAACCUACAUAACAGUAGUGACUACAUUUAAUUGUCCCUGAAAUUCUUUGGGACAUCAUAAUUCCAAUUAUGUAAGUUCCUUCCCCUAUCAUUUAGCAGGGAGGCCAAUGAUUGAAAGUUAAAAAGGAAUAGUAUACUACUCAAAUAGUUGCAAUGUGGAGAUUCUUUGAUAAGAGACAUAUACAGUCAGGUAGGGUGCUAAUAUUCUAUUACACGAAUUUGGCACACUGUGUACUUCAUAACAUCAGUAGUUAUUUUGUAUAAAUUUGAAAAAAAAAAGGAAAAUUGCUGAUGAUAUUGGAUUCAGUGUGUACUGGGAACACCAGGACCAUCGUGAUUUGCAUACCUAGUAGGGUUGAGACAAGGCUAGGAUAUUUGUAAACCAAGUUGAUAGUCCAAUGAUUGGGAUCUUCUACAGUGGCAUUGAGUUAGAUGUUUAAGACGGAUUGCAAUUUGUUCUCUAACCAUUCAUAUACAACCAACCAUCACGUGCAAGGGUGUUUAAAAAUUUAUGGUGUUUUGUUUUGCGAGACUUUUAAUCUUGUAAGUUGUUUAUUUGAUGCAGGGUGGCAAAGUUCUCUAUUUGAAGCCUUUGUUUUGUGUAGUGCCCAUAUACAGUCCUGGUUGUAAUUUGUAAUAUGUGAAUGAUGAAUAUCCUACUACCUGGUCCAUGCUCAUUUUGCAACUGAACGCACUUGUUGAGUGCAGUGUGCAAUCCAAUUGUCUUCUGAUCUUUUUAAUGAGAUUUGAUUUUAUUUGCAUUGUAGGUUUUCUCAUAACUCCACUCUGGAGACCAAAGUUGACUGGUCCUAGAAAUUCAGAAGAUUCCACAGUGGAUGUUGAACCAAUGUGGACUAAGUAGAAUUGUUAUUUGAGUUGAAUGAUCAUUGCAUUAGAAUAAGGUUUUUCCCAACUGUGGGAAGUUGAAAGUAAUCUAAAUUAUUUCCCAGUGCUUUUUAAAAAGUGGAGUUGGUUUCCUUUUAUAGAAGUGAUGUCAUGUCAUGUCCAAGCAUUUCUGGAUGUGAUCUGAUUUGUGUUAUUAAUUACUUUUAAUCCAUGAGCAGAAUUUAAAAAUGAUUCUAGCUCUCUACUAAGCUUCACGGCUUUAUUUGAUAGCAUAGAUCAGAAUAUAUUUAGUAUUUUGCAGAGUUAGAUCAAGAAAGACUUUGAAAACACCUUGCAGUUACUCCAGGCAAGUUAUCCAUGUGUCUGAGAUAUUGAACCUUGAAGUUAAACUUUUACACUACCUGCUCACAGAGCCUUCAAUGUAUAAGCUAAAAAAGGUACUCUGUUAAAUUGUAAUCUGUUUACAGCAAGGAAAAAAGUUACUUUUAUGGAAAAGUUACUCAUUAAGUUUAAGCAAAGAGGCUAUUAAACUCUGCCUUGGAUCCAGUCCAUUUUCUGUGUUUACAUUUUUUUAAAAAUCCCUUCUUACAACCAGAAGAUUGAGGAGCCGUAGCUAAUCAAUUUGCCCCAAGGUCUGAACCCUCAAACCCAGCAAAUUCUGAAAACGUGACAUUGUCUUGGUGUGAAAAUAUACCAGGGAAACAGCAAGUUCAAGAUGUUUAAACUGUUUCUUUAUUUUCGUCUCCAUUGUUCUUUUCAUUCUACUUCUCCUGUAAACACCAAUAAGAUUUUUAUUUGGAGUUUUUAAAAAAUGCCAUUAGUCAUAGUUCUGGGGUGAUUACACUGGUUUAAUCUCGAUCAGGAAUUAUUAGAUCAAUUUACCUGACUAGUGCAGAUAGAUAUGAAAGUUGGUUCCAUCCCAUCCCAAAAUAUUGAAUAAUGUAAGUGUGUUUUGCCAGUGAUCAUGUGUUGCAUUGUCUCCAGCACUGGACAAGCAAAGCCCACUUUGGUUCAGUUUGCCCACUGCUGAUAUAUAGAUUUUUGCACCUUGUUUCCUGCCUUUGCUAACUUACUCAAGUAUAUUCAUACAGAUGUGUAAUGUAGUGAGGUUAAACAGACUGGAAAAGACAGAUCCUUUAUUAUGUCACUAAUAUUGAAUGGUACAACUUUUGAGGCAUAAAUAAUUCGAAAGAUCCUCAAGGAGAAAUUUCACUACUUGUAUAAUAUACUAUAAACCUAAUAGUAUGUAUAUUAAUGUUGAUGCAAUCUUUAGGAGCUUCACUGUUGAUGCUUAUCCAUGCAUGUUUUGUGUUUAUACAGUGUAAAUGCAGUGUUUAUUGUAUAUAAUUUAAUGUAAAUAGAAUGGAAUUAAUAAAGGCAUUGGUCUCCUUU